AUGGGCAAGGUGGAAAAGAUAUAUGUAACGGUUCUUCCGAUGACCACCGAUGAAUAUGCUGUGGGGCAUUUUCAUACUGUUUCUUCAAUGACAGAAUCAGAAAAUGCGGGUGAUUUAAAGGUAGAGAUGAUAAAGGCAGAAACCGUUGUUCAUGAAACACUUGGGAAGGCCAACAAGACACACAAAAUAAUGUACUUGAAGUCCAGAUUCCCACAAGUACUUCACAGCCUUAUUCCGGAAGAUGCAUGCAUAGUCGAGGAAAUCUCAUAUAAUGCUUAUACAAAAUGCCAUACAUUUUACAAGAACAGAUACUUCUCAAACGAAACAUUUAAUAUGGCGUUCAACACAAUCAACAGAGAUGGUGCAGAGAUACUCGAAAAUCCAUUUGAACAUGAUCCAGAACAUAUAAGAAAUAUAGAAAAGAUCAACCUGGACCUCCACUCAUCACCCAUAAACCCGAUGUUCGAUCCCUCUGUUUACUACCAUGAGGAGAGUGGGAGGGGGAGGCUAGAUGAACACUGGAUGGAGGGAUACAAAAACAAAGGGAUCCCGAUGAUGGUAUCCUACAAGCACCUGACCGUCGAAAUAAAUAACUACAUGAUGGGAUGGAUUUCAGCAGAGAUAGAGAAGGUCAUGAGGGGCGUCAUAACGUCUGUCCAGCAAAGAAUAUUCUGCACAAUGGAUAAAUGGUAUGGAAAGACCAUCGAUGAAAUCAGAAAAGAGAAUGAAAACCAAAAGGAUAAAAAUUUUAUUAAAUAA